AAACGUCGCCAAACACCAUCAGCCAUGCGCUUCCGGCCGUGCAUCGAUAUCCACGCUGGCGAGGUGAAGCAGAUCGUAGGCUCAACUCUCACAGACGGAGAAGGCGCGGGUCCUGUCACCAACUUUGUCGCUUCGCAGAGUGCCGGCGAUUUCGCUCGCAUGUACAAGAAGGACGGUCUAGUAGGCGGACACGUUAUCAUGCUGGGCGCAUCAGAGGCCAACACAAAUGCGGCGCUGGAUGCUCUGCAGAGCUAUCCAGGAGGACUCCAAGUGGGCGGCGGAAUCAACGCUGACAACUGUCAGUUCUUCGUGGAGAGAGGUGCGAGUCAUGUGAUCGUCACGUCCUACGUGUUCCGCGACGGCCAGAUCGACUUCGAGCGUCUCGAGAAACUGAAGCAACUCAUCGGCAAGGAGCAUCUGGUGCUGGAUCUCAGCUGCCGCAAAAAGGCGGAGGACAACAAGUUCUACGUCAUGACAGACCGCUGGCAGAAGUUCACGACGACAUCCAUCGACGAGGCGUUGUUCCACCGUCUCGCUGAAUACUGCGACGAGUUUCUGGUGCACGCAGUGGACGUUGAAGGCAAACGAUGUGGUAUCCAGCAAGAACUUGUCGAGUUGCUGGCAAAGUGGAGUCCUCUUCCUGUCACGUAUGCGGGUGGUGCACGGUCUCUGGACGACUUGGACUUUGUGAAGCGCAUCGGUAACGGCAAGGUGGAUCUCUCGAUUGGCAGUGCGCUCGACAUCUUUGGCGGCGAUAUCCGCUACAAGGACGUCGUAGCAUGGGACAAGAAACGCGCGGACAACUAGAUGAACGCUGCACUCAUCUCGUUGUGAUGAGCUUGAAUGGCAUGCGUCGUCGUGUUAUUCA